AUGGCGUCUGCCGUGCGGUCCGGGCCUCGCUUGGCGUUGCUCGCACUGCUCGUGGUGUCGGCUGCUGAGGGAUACAUCGAUAGGGGCUUCCUGCUGACGGCGCCGAAGGUGCUGAUAGCCAACACCGUAGAGCGUUUCUGUUUGACGUUCUUCAACCUGCGUGACAAGGCCAGUGUGUCCGUUUACCUGCUGCCCAAGAAGAACAGCACCGUCGACGACAGCGUGGCGCAGCUCUCCCGCACCUUCUACGUCAGUGGACCCAGUGAUGAAAAUGUCUGCUUCGACUUUACCGUGCCGAAGAAAGCGCCGUCAAACGCGUAUCUACGCGCGACUGUUCGUUCGGGAUUCUUCUCUUCGAGCCAGCAGUCGAGACUCCGUGUGCUGCCUUUCACGCUCGUGACGCUGGUUCAGACCGACAAGUCCAAGUACAAGGCCGGCGAUCUGGUACAGUUCCGCGUGGUGACGCUCAAGAGUGAUCUUACUGCCAUGGAGGAGGUGGUGGACCAGAUUUUCAUUACAACACCAGGCGGUACAAGACUGGCACAGUUCGACAAGGUCGCCACGCGGUCCGGUAUCAUUCAGAAGAAGUUCCAACUGACAGAAGAGCCUCCCCUGUGA